AGUUUGAGGUUUGAGGCUUGAGGUUUGAGGAGAUGGAUUGUCGGUCGAAGGUGGUGUAAGUGUUGCCGACAUAUAAAAACGUAUAAUGCCCGAAAUAUCCCCGAUCGUAUAAAUAAGGCUGGUGCUAACCAUUUCCCCAAAAGUUGAUGAUGAUGGCAUCCCAGUUUCUGGCAGCGGCGGCGGAGAGGAUAGCUCCGGCGGCGAGGCGCCAAGCCGUCAUCUUAACAGACGCUGCGGCAUCUAGAGUACGACAGCUCCUAGAGCAGCGCCAGCGGUCGUAUCUCAAGCUCGGCGUCAAGUCCCGAGGCUGCAACGGCUUGUCGUACACUCUCAAUUACGCAGAUGAUAAAGGCAGGUUCGACGAGUUGAUCGAAGACAAGGGUGUGAAGAUAUUGAUCGAUCCAAAGGCUCUGAUGCAUGUUAUUGGGACCAAGAUGGAUUUUGUAGACGAUAAGCUCAGGUCCGAGUUUGUCUUUAUCAAUCCCAACUCCAAAGGACAAUGUGGUUGUGGUGAAUCUUUCAUGACAACAAGCAGUAGUGGAGCUACUAAACAGAGUGCUGGUUAAGGAAAAAUGCAAUUUACUAACUAGUCAUUUUUGUUGGCACUGGCUUGUGUUUCAUUGCAGUCUGUGCUUAUAAGUUCCGAUGAUUCUGUAAAGGCUGAUUCCAGUUUUGAUUGGAAGAAGAUGAUGUAUAUCUAAUUAUCUAUAGUUUAUGUGCUUGUUGAAUUGUAUGAACUUACUGUAAUAAGAAAUCUCCAUACCUAUUCUUUUGCCAAAAA